GGCAGCGGCUCCUCCUCCUCCUCCGCCGCCGCCUCUCCGCCAGCAGCCAGUCGGGCCUGACACCCGGGCCCGGCUGCGGAGUAUUGUCGGGGGCGCCGAGCACGGGGCGGGCAGGCCGCGGCGGCGGGGGGCGGGGAGCGGAGCGGAGGCGAGCGGAGGGGACGAGCCGCCCUGCCGGCUCCGCCGCGUCACAUGCCGUGACGGGAUUUGUACCCCAGCCCCUCCCGAGCGACGACGACGUGGGAGCCCCGCUCCCCGCCGCGGGACGGCGCGGCGCGGCGAUGGCACCAUGAGGGGCGGCCCCGCCAGGAUUCUGCUCAUUGACGAUUAAAACAUCGCCUGGAAUUUUGGAAUGGAUCAGAUGCAUCAGUCAAAUGUUACCACAUUGCACCCAAAGAGAGGAAUGCCAUCCAGUUGGGGUCUCAUUGGUAGUGGUUUCCCUACUCUCAGCUGCAACCUGUGAGGAGCAAGUGGCAGGGAGAAGGAAUCAGGUUUGGGUGGUCUGUGAUGACUUGCUUCAUUUUGCGCCUGGUGGUGCCCCAGUUGCAUAAGUUGCGCCUUAAAUCAAAUUGCUGUCUACGGUAUUGCGAACGGGAGGGGAAGGAUUUUUAAACAGCUCCGCUUGGACACCAUUUCUUUCUGAUGAUGGCUAAAAGACCUGGACAAAUGUGAGCGCCAUUCGGAUUCCAUGCUGCAAAAUGCAAUCUCUUCAAGAAGGAUGACAACAGCCCCAAUAUAAGCGGAGGUUUUGCCAGUUGAAACAUGAAGUCACUGAACUUCAGCAGGCAACUGGAAGAUCCCCUUGAACUCUGAGAUAGAAACUACUUAUGAUUUUACUGUGUGUGUUGGACUCUCUAAAGAUAGGUCUGUACAGACUUUACGAAACCAAAUGCUAAUUUCUUAACCCAGGGUGGUUACCUCCAUUAUCUGACAGCUUUUAAAGCAUUGUCAUCACUUGGGUUAGGUGAUUUGAAUGAAUAAUAUAUGCUUCCUUCCCCUACCCCCAAAUGCAUAGGUUAUGGUCCUAAAUAGUUGAACAUGCUGUGUUUUAAAGUCAUAAGUUCUGUAUGCUCUUGUAUGCCUGCCUUUACUUGAAUUUGAGCAUGACUUUAGGAUAAUACAAGGCACUAAAAUAAGAAACUAAUGCCUUUUUGCAUGUUAGAAUUAGAGAUUUUGAGCACUGCAUGUAUUCUUAUGAUUCUCAAAAUACUAUGUAAAUGGUUGUGUUUGAAGUAGUUCCCCUCCCCCCAUGUUUUGGUAGCAAUAAGAGGUAUAUAAGUAAACUGUAGUGAUACUUUUAGAAUAAUUUUUUAAUAAUCCAAUAUUUCUGAUGCAUCAGGACUGGAAAACAUCACUAUGUGCAACAGAAAAAAAGUAGAAUUCAGUUUGUGUGGCAAGAGGUUAAUGAGAUUUAAUGUAACAUAUAUCUAAGUGGUCCUUUAGCCUACUGCAUACAUACAAUACAAAUACAGGCUUCUUAUCAGGUGAGCGUAGAAGACCUCUUGGUUUUGGUCUAGUCUGAUGCACUCCGCUUUUGUCUCUUUCUGCUGCAAGCCCUUCUGAUGUGCUCUUUAAUGUGCCUGAAUUCUGUAGCAGCAAGGUGACUGGAAGAACUAACACCGCUCCUUCAGGGACUUUUUUUUUCUGUUGGAACAGCCGAGAUUCAAAACAAGUAUUGCAUGCAUCAGGGAGAAAGCCAACAGGGAGUGAAGUAAGAAUCAAAAUCGUAGUUGCCUCUAAAAUUUGGGACUAUAUGUCAUGGGGAUUUAAGCUUGUCAAGCCUGGAAAUUCCCACUUCCCUGUAGGCAGAAAAAACAGCAAAUGAAACCCCUGUAAAAGGCCAGCAGAAUUAAAGAAAAAUUCCCUUUCUGUAAAACAUGUUCUGGCAAGGCAGAAUUGGUUUUAUGUAAGACCAUUUUAAACGAUGAGUUGUUCUUCUAAUAUUUGAAUUUCUCCUUUUGUUUAGAUAUGUUUAGCCAUUCAGCUAAUGAAGAUUUAUUGAUGGCCUUUUCUGCCUUGUUGGAGACAGUCUUGCCAGAGAAUCAUAUUUGUGUGGCUUUCUAUUUUAAUUUCUACCUUUAUUACUUUGGACAUCUGCAUGGAAAUGUGAUCCGUUUUUCCUCAAAAGUUCAGCUUCUCUUUUUCAUAGCCUUUUUACUGGACUCAGAUUCUUUUGUCUGCAGUAUCAGAAUCACUUUCACAGCAACUAAUUCUGAUUCUGCAAGAAGCAGGUUUUUUGACAGGCGGUAAAAGGAAUAAGCAGAAGAAGCUGAGCAGGUCUUAAGAUACAAAGACCUUAUUUUCAUGAAUCAGCUCCUUGUAACAGGAAAAUGGGAGGACAGAAGUGUUGCAGUAUUAAAAGAUAGAGCAGAAUUGUCUCCUGUAUAGGUGGUUUAAUUUUUUUUUUUUGCUAUGAUUCAUGCUGUCUACCUUCAGCUGCUUUAUCUUUUUUCUUCCUGUGACAUGCUCCAAAGUCCUUCAAUCCAGUUGUUGCUCUGUUGCAGGAAUUGGGCUCUAGAACUUAACACUAUGGCUUAUGGAGAUGCUUCUUGUGUCUGGAGGAGAGCCACUUCCAAGCGAUGCACCCAAGACAUGACAAUCAGAGGGCUUUCGAGCUGUCACUCUGCUGCUGAACAGCAUGCAGUCCUUUCGGGAGCAAAGUAGUUACCACGGAAACCAGCAGAGCUACCCGCAGGAAGUGCACAGUUCAUCCCGACUAGAAGAAUUCAGCCCCCGCCAGCAGGCCCAGAUGUUCCAGAGCUUUGGAGGUGGUGCUGGCAGUGGACGUCGUGGAGCUACAGGAGCCUCUACAGCAAUGCCUGGUGAGAGCUCUGGCCAUCAGAGCUACCAAGGUUUCAGAAAAGAAGCAGGAGAAUUUUACUAUAUGGCUGCCAACAAAGAUCCAGUGGCGUCAGGAGGGCAGCAGCCACCUCAGCGCAGGCCUUCCGGACCAGUACAGAGCUAUGGGCCCCCUCAAGGGAGUAGCUUUGGAAGUCAGUAUGGGAGUGAGGGACACGUGGGCCAGUUUCAAACACAACACUCAAGCCUUGGGGGUGUAUCCCACUACCAACAGGAUUAUACUGGUCCUUUCUCUCCAGGGAGUGCCCAGUAUCAGCAGCAGGCUUCUAGCCAGCAGCAGCAGGUGCAGCAGCUGAGACAGCAGAUUUAUCAAUCUCAUCAGCCUUUACCCCAGGCUUCCAGCCAGUCUGCUUCCAGCACCUCACACUUGCAGCCAAUGCAGCGUCCAUCCACCCUGCCUUCCUCUGCUUCUGGGUACCAGUUACGAGUGGGUCAGUUCAGCCAACACUAUCAGCCACCUUCGUCCUCUUCCUCGUCCUCUUUCCCUUCCCCGCAGCGUUUUGGCCAGUCGGGACAGAACUAUGAUGGAAGUUACAGUGUGAAUUCUGGAUCGCAGUAUGAAGGCCAUGCUGUGGGUUCCAAUGCACAGGCAUAUGGGACACAGUCCAACUACAGCUUUCAGGCUCAACCAAUGAAAAGCUUUGAGCAGUCUAAGCUACCCCAGAGUGGGCAGCAGGGGCAGCAGCAGCAGCAGCAUCCACCUCAGCAUGUAAUGCAGUACUCAAAUGCUGCCACCAAACUCUCUCUUCAAAGUCAAGUAGGACAGUACAGCCAAGCUGAAGUUCCUGUAAGAUCACCAAUGCAGUUCCACCAGAACUUCAGUCCAAUUUCUAAUCCAUCUCCUGCUGCAUCUGUGGUUCAGUCUCCAAGCUGCAGCUCUACCCCUUCUCCUCUCAUGCCAGGUGGAGAAAAUCUGCAGUGUGGGCAAGGCAACAUGUCCAUGGGUUCUAGAAACCGAAUCUUGCAGAUGAUGCCCCAGCUUAGCCCCACACCAUCUAUGAUGCCAAGCCCCAAUGCUCAUGCAGGGGGAUUCAAGGGGUUUGGGCUGGAAGGACUGCAGGAGAAAAGGCUCACAGAUCCAGGGCUGAGCAGCUUAAGUGCUCUAAGUUCUCAAGUGGCCAAUCUGCCUAACACUGUCCAGCACAUGUUGCUCUCAGAUGCCUUGGCACCUCAGAAAAAAAGUUCCAAAAGGUCAUCCUCUUCGAAGAAGGCUGACAGCUGCACAAACUCGGAAGGUUCCUCCCAGGCAGAGGAGCAACUUAAGUCUCCCUUGGCAGAGUCUCUUGAUGGUGGUUGUUCCAGCAGUUCAGAGGAUCAUGGGGAGAGGGUGAGGCAGCUGAGUGGCCAGAGCACCAGCUCAGACACCACCUACAAAGCGGGUAACUUAGAGAGAUCCAACUCCUCACCAGCACAAGGCUCUCAGAAUGAGCCAUCAAAACUCAGCACCAGCCCUGCAGCUGGGGAAGAUGUUGCCUCCCCUGAUGGGAAGGAAGCCAUGGUAGCAGUGGAAACUACCCCAAAAGUGAAUGAAAAGGCAGUUGGGGUGAUCGUCUCUCGGGAAGCCAUGACGGGAAGAGCAGAAAAGUCAGGUGGGCAAGAUAAACCUGCACAAGAUGAUGUUUCCACAGCCACCCAGGCACCAGCUAGUACUAGUGCAGCGAAAGAAACCGGGCAUGCAGGGCCACAGCCAGAAGCUCAAGGAGGGAGUAAAGGGAGCAAAAGUGGCGAUAACACUAACCAUAAUGGAGAGGGGAACAGCCAGACUGGCCAUGCAGUCGUUGGGUCAAAUUUUCCUGUGAGAACAGAACCUUCCAAAUCCCCUGGCAGUUUAAGAUAUAGUUACAAGGAUAAUAUAGCAGCUGGUAUACAGAGAAACAUUGCUGGCUUUCCACAGUAUCCUUCUGGUCAAGAAAAAGGUGAUUUUCCAGGGCACAGUGAGCGCAAAGGCCGGAAUGAGAAGUUUCCUAGCCUCCUGCAGGAGGUCUUACAGGGUUAUCACCAUCAUCCAGACAGACGUUAUUCUAGGAAUGCACAGGAACAUUCUGGGAUGGCUGGGAGUUUGGAGGGAGCCAUGAGGCCCAACAUCUUAAUUAGUCAAACCAAUGAGUUGACCAAUAGAAGCCUCCUAAACAAAAGCAUGGGGUCUCUCCUAGAAGGCCCUCACUGGGGUCCCUGGGAUAGGAAAUCAAGCAGCACAGCUCCUGAUAUGAAGCAGAUCAAUCUAGCUGAUUACCCUAUUGCUAGAAAGUUUGAGGUAGAGUCUCAGUCUUCUGCCCAUGAAGGGGGAGCACUCUCAGAGAGGAGAUCAGUGAUCUGUGACAUAUCUCCAUUAAGGCAACUUGUCAGAGAUCCUGGCCCUCACCCAAUGGGGCACAUAGGUCCUGAGGCCAGGAGUGGACGGAGUGAACGUCUUGCUCCUGGCUUAAGCCAGUCAGUAAUACUCCCUGGUGGUUUAGUAUCCAUGGAAACAAAGAUGAAGGCUCACAGUGGGCAAAUCAAAGAAGAAGAUUUUGAACAGUCAAAGACCUCAGCUAGUCUCAAUAAUAAAAAAACAGGAGACCAUUGUCAUCCUGCUGGCAUCAAGCAUGAAUCUUUCCGAGGCAAUGCUAGCCCUGGAGCUGCAGUGUCUGAUUCUGCUCCAGACUACAUUCCCCAGCAGGACAGCAGAUCGACACCGAUGAGACGAGCACCUGGCAGAACUGGAAGCAGCAGGGGUAAAUCACCUUCUCAAUUUCAGGAUCUUGCAGAUAAGCUGAAAAUGUCACCAGGCAGAAGCAGAGGCCCAGGAACAGAUCUGCAUCACAUGAACCCACACAUGACACUAUCUGAAAGAGUUAACAGGGGUUCGUUGCAUUCUGCAUACUCUCAGAAUUCAGAAGGCUCGUCUUUGGCUUCAGCAUAUCACACAAAUGCUAGGCCUCAUGCUUUUGGUGACCCUAACCAGAGUUUAAAUUCCCAGUAUCAUUACAAGAGGCAGAUAUAUCAGCAACAGCAAGAAGAAUACAAAGACUGGGCAAGCAGCACUGCUCAGGGUGUGAUUGCUGCAGCUCAGCACAGACAGGAAGGGGCAAGGAAGAGCCCAAGACAACAGCAGUUUCUCGAAAGAGUAAGGAGUCCCUUGAAAAAUGACAAAGAUGGGAUGAUGUACAUUCAAGGUAGCUCUUAUCAUGAUACUGGAAGUCAAGAGGCUGGGCGCUGUGUUAUGGGGAGUGAUAGUACUCAGAGCAAAUGUGCUGAGCUGAAACAUGGUAACCAGAAGAUGCAACAACAUGAAUCUGGUUGGGACCUCUCCCGGCAAACUUCUCCUGCCAAAAGCAGUGGCCCUCUCGGAGUAGGCAACCAAAAAAGGUUUUGCCCUCAAGAAAGUGAUGGACAUAGACGAGAGGAGUCUACAGAUUUGCCCAAGCCUAGUAAUGCCAUGCUCAGGCUCCCUGGCCAGGAAGACCAGUCUCCUCAGAAUCCAUUAAUUAUGAGGAGGAGAGUCCGUUCUUUCAUCUCGCCUAUCCCUACCAAAAGACAGCCACAGGAUAUGAAAAACAGUGGCACUGAAGAUAAAGGGCGACUGAUGACUUCAGCAAAAGAAGGAACUGAUAAAACAUACAACUCCUAUGCCCAUUCAUCUCAAAGCCAAGAUGUUGGCAAGCCAGUUGCAAAGGGAGAUUCCUUCAAGGACCUGCCAAGUCCUGAUAAUAGGAAUUGCCCUGCUGUUUCCCUUACGAGCCCGGCUAAGACCAAAAUAUUGCCCCCAAGAAAGGGGCGAGGAUUAAAACUGGAAGCUAUUGUUCAGAAAAUUACAUCUCCCAAUAUUAGGAGAAGUGUUUCCACCAACAGUGCUGAAAGUGGUGCAGAUACUGUCACUCUCGAUGACAUUCUGUCCCUUAAGAGCGGACCUGAAGGAGGAAGUGUGGCUGGGCAUGGACCAGAGGCUGAGAAAAGAAAAGGAGAGAUAUUGUCAGAUCAAGUAGGGCUAGCAAGCCAGGAUGCAACCAGUGAAAUAACUCUUCCAGGAUCUUCAGAAGAGUGGCCAAGCAAUGAAGAUGAUAAAACCAAGAAAGAAACCCCUGAAACUGCCAGUAUUAGUAAAGAAGGAACAGGAUCCAGUGGAGCACUACCAUCUUCUCAGAAGUCAGGUGGUCAGGGAAGGUCUGAUGGAUCUGUAAGUGGAGCUGGAACUCUGACCUUUCCCGACUCGAAAACAAUCUCCCCUUCUGGUGUGUUUACUUCUGAACCAAACCCAAAGUCUGAGGAAAAAGACGGAGAUGUGACAAACAUUUCACCCAAGCCAGAUGGUUUCCCUCCAAAGGGAUAUUUUCCCUCUGGAAAGAAAAAGGGGAGGCCAAUUGGGAGUGUGAACAAGCAGAAGAAGCAGCAGCAGCAGCAGCAGCUGCCCCCCCCACCGCCACCACCACCACCAGUACCUUCACAAUCUUCAGAAGGGGUAGCCGGUGGAGAGCCGAAACCUAAGCGGCAGAGGAGGGAGAGGCGAAAACCUGCAGCACAGCCACGGAAACGGAAGACUAGACGGGCUGCUCCAAUUGUGGAGCCUCAAGAACCAGAGAUUAAGCUGAAAUAUGCUACCCAGUCUGUAGAUAAAACUGACACCAAGAAUAAGUCCUUUUUCCCUUACAUUCAUGUGGUAAACAAGUGUGAAUUAGGCGCUGUGUGCACAAUCAUUAACGCAGAGGAAGAGGAGCAGAACAAAUUGGUGAGGGGUCGGAAGGGGCAGAGAUCUUCAACGCCCCCUCCUAGCAACGCGGAGAGCAAAGUGCUGCCCACCUCAACUUUCAUGCUGCAGGGCCCUGUAGUAACAGAGUCUUCUGUCUUGGGGCAUCUGGUUUGCUGCCUGUGUGGCAAAUGGGCCAGCUAUCGUAAUAUGGGUGACCUCUUUGGUCCUUUCUACCCCCAGGAUUAUGCAGCCACAUUGCCCAAGAACCCACCUCCAAAGAGGGCCACAGAAAUGCAGAGCAAGGUCAAGGUACGGCACAAAAGUGCUUCUAAUGGUUCCAAGACAGAUACAGAAGAGGAGGAAGAACAGCAACAACAGAAGGAACAAAGAAGCCUAGCUGCUCAUCCCCGCUUUAAGAGGCGGCACCGCUCUGAGGACUGUAGUGGAGCCUCUCGGUCACUUUCAAGGGGAGCUUCUUGUAAAAAAGCAACCACUGAAGGUGGCAGUGGUGGUGAAAAGACUCCUUUGGACUCAAAACCCUCUAUGCCCACUUCAGAAGGUGGUGCUGAGCUGGAGUUACAAAUUCCUGAACUACCUCUUGACAGCAAUGAAUUUUGGGUCCAUGAGGGUUGUAUUCUCUGGGCCAAUGGGAUCUACCUGGUCUGUGGCAGGCUCUAUGGGCUGCAGGAAGCUGUGGAAAUUGCAAGAGAAAUGAAAUGUUCCCAUUGCCAGGAACCAGGAGCCACCUUAGGCUGCUACAACAAAGGCUGCUCCUUCCGAUACCAUUACCCGUGUGCCAUCGAUGCAGAUUGUUUACUAAACGAAGAGAAUUUCUCAGUGAGGUGCCCCAAGCACAAGCCCCUCCUUCCUUGCUCUCUUCCCUCCUUGCAGAACAAGAUGGUGAAAGGCAGCCUCAGCACAGAGCAGUCGGAGCGGGGGUGAGGGGGGAAGUGUACUCCUGGGAAUGGAAAUAUAAGCAAGCACAGGUUAGGCUGUUGAGAUAAAAAGCGGUGGACAUUCGUGACUGAAUGGAAUCUCUCCCACUGUGCAGCCAUGCCCCCUCUCGACGUGCCUGCCAAUGCCAGCACUUCCUUCAUAAAUUCUUACAUCACACUCAAGACUGAUGACAUCACAGAAUCUGACCAAGGAGUCUGAACCAGCUGUUUCCAUGGACACAAUCUCCAUAGUGACAGUGGGAAGGGGAGGGGGAAAAAGAGGAAACAGGUGGGGGGAAUUAAAGAGGGAGGGAUAAAUAUAUAUAUAUAUAAAGAUCUAUUUUUUAGUCUUGAAAGACUUUGUUUUAAAUGAAAGGUGCGCUAUCCCUUUUGAUGCUUUUGAUUAAAGAUGACAAAAACCCAGAUAAAUUAAAAAAUCUGUAGCUAAAGUAAAUAUUAAAUCCAAAAUCAAAGCAAGGCUCUUGGAGCCUCACAUUCUGUUGGAAAGAGCAGUGGAACUAGGAGUAUACCACACUGGAUUUGUCUCCCUUCCUCUUGCUUGCUUUCUGACCACAUUCAAGGAAGUUCAGUUUUAAAAGGAAAAUAAAAUCACAUAAGUUGUUUGUCAGAUGGGAGGAAGGCAUCGAUGGUUGCAGGUGAUGGGCUGUUUGUACUUGUGUAUGUUGGAGAGGGAGAUUAUCGUUUUUGAGAAACACUAUUAAUAGUGGAAGCUUGAAAACUGUUUAAAGACUCCUAGAUCAUGUUACUCAUGAAAUGAGAGGUACCUGCUGCUUGCUAAAUCACACACACAAACGUACACCUUCUACAUGUGGGAACAUCUGUUCCAUGCCGGGGGGGGGGGAAGGAGUUUCUGCCCUAUGUUGUAACAACAUAUGCCCCCAAAACGUUCCAAGAAGUUGCCUUCAGUUUUGAAGGUGGGUGAGAGGAGGACACUUUUUUACCUGCCAGAUUGGGGGACGGAAAAGGAGGUCUGAAUGUUGGUAGAAUCAAUGUGUUCAAACUGGGAAACUCAGUUAGUCUGUCUUUGUUUUCUGUUCUGCUUUUCCAAAGGAAGGAAGAGGGAAUGUCAGCUUAACAGGCUACACUAUAUGUUUUGGGUUUUUUUUUUUUUUUUGUAAAUUGUGUAAUUUUUAAACAUUUGGGUUUAAGGAACAACAAUUCAAAAUUUUUUUCUUGUUAAGGCCUUAAGAAAGGGGUUAGUGCAUCUUUCAGGGGUCACUCUGCCAUGGGAAUAAAAUAGCUGUUUCACAAACAGUUUUAUAUAAAAAAAAAAAGCUUAAAAAAACCAAAAAAACUAAUAAACUUCAUUUUAACCUUG